GGCCCCGCCCCCUCAGGCGAGCCUAUCGGGCCGGGGUGUCGCCCCGCACAGUGCCCGCCAGGUCCUCGCUGGGCGCUCGUCUGUCCUCUUGGGUUCUCUGCUCGAGCGGCGGUCUCCCUGCAGGGAUGGUGUUGCCGGACGAGGAGCGCUGCGCCCGGCUUUACCGGGCAGCCCCGGAAUUGGCGCGGGAGGCGCAUGUGCCUUCCUUCGAGAAGUACCGGGAGCUUUACCGCCGCUCGGUGGAAGAGCCGGAGGAAUUCUGGGGUGAUAUUGCCAAAGAAUUUUACUGGAGGAGCCAAAACACUGGACCCUUCCUGCAGUACAACUUUGAUGUCACUAAAGGGAAAAUCUUUAUUGAAUGGAUGAAAGGAGCUACAACCAAUAUUUGUUACAAUCUGUUGGAUAGAAAUGUUUAUGAGAAAAAGCUUGGAGACAAAAUAGCUUUUUACUGGGAGGGAAAUGAACCAGGGGAUUCCAUGAAGAUUACAUACAGUGAAUUGCUGAGUCAGGUCUGCCAAUUUGCCAAUGUUCUUCAGCAACAAGGGGUGAAGAAAGGAGACAGAGUCUCUAUUUACAUGCCGAUGAUAAUUGAACUGGUAGUAGCUAUGCUGGCCUGUGCAAGAAUUGGAGCACUUCAUUCCAUUGUGUUUGCAGGCUUUUCAGCAGAAUCACUUUGUGAGAGAAUCCUGGAUUCCAACUGCUCCCUUCUCAUUACUGCAGAUGCCUUUUAUAGAGGUGAUAAGCUGAUUAACCUGAAGCAGAUAGCAGAUGAAGCCUUGCAGAAAUGUAAAGAUAACGGUGCCCCUCUGCAAUUGUGCAUUGUGGUCAAGCAUCUAGGAAGAGAAGAACUGGUACUAGAUGGGCCAAGCAGCAAGUCUCCACCUCUGAAGAGACUCUGCCAGAGUGUGCAGGACAGAAAGACUGAAAGUUCAAAGAAAGCCCAUCCCAAGAUUCCUUGGGAUCCAGAAGUUGAUGUUUGGUGGCAUGAUGUUAUGAAAAAUGCUAGCAAGGAGUGUGAGCCUGCCUGGUGUGAUGCAGAAGAUGAACUGUUCAUUCUCUACACAAGUGGGUCAACUGGGAAACCCAAGGGUGUUGUUCAUACAGUAGGUGGAUACAUGAUUUUCACAGCCAUAACCUUUAAAUAUGUCUUUGAUUACCACCCUGAGGACAUUUACUGGUGCACAGCUGACAUUGGAUGGAUAACUGGCCAUUCCUACCUCACAUAUGGACCUUUAGCAAAUGGAGCAACCAGUGUCUUAUUUGAAGGGCUUCCCAUCUACCCUGAUGUUAGCCGUAUGUGGAGCAUCAUUGACAAAUACAAGGUGACCAAGUUCUAUACUGCACCCACGGCCAUUCGCCUCCUCAUGAAGUACGGAGCUGAACCUGUCAAGAAGUACAGCAGGAAGUCCCUCAAGAUCCUAGGAACAGUUGGGGAGCCCAUAAACCCUGAAGCUUGGCUAUGGUACUAUAGAGUGGUCGGUGAAGAACGGUGUCCUAUAGUGGAUACUUUUUGGCAGACAGAGACAGGUGGCCACGUGUUGACACCACUCCCUUGUGCUACACCAGUGAAGCCAGGCUCAGCUACAUUUCCUUUCUUUGGGGUGGUGCCUGCAGUGCUAGAUGAGUCUGGAGAAGAGUUGGAAGGAGAAGCAGAAGGCUACUUGGUUUUUAAGCAACCCUGGCCAGGAAUAAUGCGCACCGUAUACAAAAACCACCAGCGGUUUGAGACCACUUACUUCAAGAAAUUCCCCGGUUACUAUGUGACAGGAGAUGGUUGCAAGAGAGAUAAAGAUGGUUAUUAUUGGAUCACAGGUCGAAUUGAUGACAUGUUGAAUGUUUCUGGGCAUUUGCUGAGCACAGCAGAGGUUGAAUCAGCUCUUGUGGAGCACUCGGCUGUCUCAGAAGCGGCAGUAGUAAGCCACCCACACCCAGUGAAGGGAGAGUGCCUCUACUGUUUUGUGACCCUGAGGGAUGGUCAUGAUUUCACAAAUAAUUUGGUUAAUGAAUUGAAGAAACAAGUUAGAGAAAAGAUUGGGCCUAUUGCAACUCCAGAUUACAUUCAGAAUGCUCCUGGCCUUCCCAAGACCCGCUCAGGUAAAAUUAUGCGGCGGAUAUUAAGAAAGAUUGCCAAAAAUGACAGGGAACUGGGAGAUACCUCAACUGUUGCAGAUCCAGCAGUAAUAAACCACCUUUUCAGCAACAGAUGUGAGACAGUUCUGUAGGGAGGCUUUCCUAAGAAAACAGUACUGCAGGAAUUUGAUGAGAAUAUGGCCCCAUCCAGACUGUGACACUUUUGUUUCUUGAGAGAAGAACCAUCCCAUGGUGAGCUGAAUGUAAAAUUCUGUAAAUGAAGAGAGGAAACUGGUGCUCCAAGAUCCAGUCCUUUUUUGUUGUAGGUCUAGCUGUCUGUGCCUCUGGAGAAUUGUGUGCAUUAUGUUGUAGACCAAUACUGCAUAUUUCAAAAUUCCAGCCUCACCUAUUUCAUACAAGAUGAAGACAUUUUAAUUUUCCAUGAGCAUGUUUCAUGAAUUUUCUGUAUUUUUUACUUUUAAUACAUUGUGGUGGGUACAUUGCAGAAUGUGCAGAUAAGGAUGUAAAAAGUGGUUCUGCUCCUGAACUGUAAUUACGAACCUUCAAAAGAUUUGGAGAAUCAACAAACUAAGCAGUAAUCCUCAUGUUGAGGCAGAAUUCUUGGAACAAACCUUUUGUUAUUCAUCAAUUUUAUUUUGAAAACUCUGCAUUGUAUUUUAGAACUAUAUAACAUGGGAAAUGGAAAGUUUUUAGGAAAACUGUCAAGGAUGAAGUUCUUCUAAAAUUACUUUUUCCAUGCUAGCACCACUAAUGUUUAUAUCGGUAAUAAUUAUUUAGUGACAGUAAUUUUCUUUAAAAAGGGAAUAAUGCUAUCCACAUUUCAGGUUUAUUAUGCAUGUGUGUCUUUGAAUGUACAUGUAUGUACACCACUGAGAUUUUCCCAUGCAUUGUACUCUGGAGGUGGAUGCAAAAUUCAAAGUAUUGUAGUUACGAAAGACUGUGGUCAGUGCAUGGAUACUCCGUGGGAUGGGAGAUUCUUGAAUUUUGCUGUGGUGGUUCAGUGCAAUACUGUUAAGUUAACUUUAGGAAAGUGGAGGUCUGUUCAUUUGCCUUGAUAGUUGAGAACUGAGUAUGAUAGAUACCAAAGGAGAAGUGACAUCUGGCAGUUAAGUUACUUGAGUCUUCAUGUGACCAUCUGUGUCUGAUGAUCUCAUAAAAGAAAAAGGUACAUGAAUAUAGGUAUAAUUCCCACUCAUGUUUUCAGUAGAUGAAAAAGUAUGGCCACAAUUGUGGAAAUAAUUUCCGUGUGUGAUAUAUUGCUUUCUCCAUGUAAUCAUGGGCAUAUGUGUGACCAAAAAUAAGCUCCUGCUCUUGUGGAAGUAAUGUGAAUGGCCAGCAGACUACUUCAGAGAGUCCUUUGUCACAGUUAGCUGAAAAUAUUCACUAACAGUUACAGUCCAGUAAAUUCAUUGUAAAGAUUGAUAAAACUAGACUCUUCUAGUGUUCAUCAUUGAGUCAGCAAAGCAAAAGUAAAAAAUUCAAAGAUAUAAUGAUGGGGAACGUGGGUCCUGUAACUAAAAUAAUGUAAACGACAGGAACAGGCUGCUUGUUUCAAUAAUGUUUGUCAAGAUAUGCAAUUCCAGCACAUACUUCAGUGUUCCUGACCCAGAAAUGCCUUUCCUGUGUGAUUAAUUUAUAUUAGAAGCUGCUUUUUAAUUUCAUUUUCACUACCAGCAUUUAAAAAUUAGUAUUUAAUUUUGGUAUUGGUGGGUCACGUUGUGGUAUCCCAAGAUGUCUGCUUUGCUCCUUGUAUUUGUUUGGAAAUUGGGAAUGCCUAAAACAGUGUCCCCCAAAACCCUAUCCUUGAUGAAUAAUACUAACAUUUCUCUGACCUUAUCUCAUGGUUAUACAUUUCUCAUUUCUUACUUGCUAGUAGCAUUAUAAAAUCACUUGUGUGUGGUCUGCAACAUUGGUGUAUAUUUAAUCUAUUGUCCUACAGCGUUUAAGGUAGGCCAGUGGCUUGCAAUCUGCUGUCAAUAGGAAAUCCUUUUACUUUUUAUCUUGGUCUGAUAAAUCUUGUUUCUGAAAUGGCUGGAAUUCUGAUUUAAAUUGGAACAAAUCAAAGAAAUAAAACCUAUAAACCAAUUAA